AUGUAUUUAGCAUCGCAUUACAUGUUUGUUGAUGAAGAGUGGCUAGUUGGAUGCGUCGAAUAUUUGUCUGAAGAUAACAAUUACACUGAAACGGAAAUAAAAAGUUUGGCUAAGGAGCAAUGGUUACUUAAUGACUUAAAAACAAUUUGUCCUGGGUCAUUACCGGCGAACCUCAAGAGCCAACAGAAGACGCUGCUGACGGGUAACUUUGUGUUGCAGAUCAAUGCUACGAUUGAUAUAGGUACACCAGGUUAUCAACAGUACUUGAAAUUGCAGAAAGUUAACAUGGAAAAUGUUGAAGCUACUACUACUUUUGAAGAAAAAAUAUCUAGUCACAGGAUGAUAAAGCUUUAUCUGACAGAUGGCGUUCAAGAGGUUUCCGGUAUUGAAUACAAGCCAAUGAGGAAUAUAUCUUGUGAUAUUACACCUGGAUGUAAAGUCCUCAUCAAGGGACCAGUAGAAUGUCGGAGAGGAACGCUCAUGCUGACAGAGAGUGCAGUAGAAUUGUUAGGAGGGGAGGUGCAAGAGAUAGGAGUAUCCAACUCUCUUGCUGGAUUGUUAUCGACUAAAUUAGGUGUUACUGUAACAUCAGGCACACAGAGACCAGAUACCGAAUCGACGAUAAACCAACCAAGAAACUUAAAUAUACCAACACCACAUGUGACUGUCCCACCAGCGGCAAACUACAUACCUGAACCCACCUUGUCCACUGUCACACAGCCGGCAAAUAAUUUUGCGGACGAUGACAUAGAUAUAGAACAACUUGCCGCCAUAGAAGCUCAGUUCACAGACAACUCGGGCAAAAGACCAAUAAGCAGCGAUCUUACAAACCCAGAAAAGAAAUUAAAAACUGAUACCGUGAACAAACCUGAGGACUAUCCAGACGAUAAUGACAUAAUAUUCGAAGAAGACGAAGAAUACUUGAGGGAGAUCGAAGCAGAAAUCGAUGCAAAGGAAAAUAAACUUCAAACUGUAGAAAAAACAGGUGUUACUCGCGUGUCUGCAGAACCUUUUGUGUACAUAAAACAGUUGCAAGAGAUGAGUGAAAGAGAUAGAAAUGGGCAAGUGUUUAAAGUGAAGGGGCAGGUGAUGGCUCUCUUAUCUAAGUUAUCGGUAAGCAAAGAUGAAUGGAGUUUGAAGUGUACUAUUGUAGACGGAACUGGUAGAUUGGAUGUGGAAUUCACUAGUGAUGUACUAUCUAAGUUAGUUGGGGUCACCCCACAAGAAAUGAACGUGAUGAAAAAACAGAUGGCGGCCAAACCUGAAUUAAAGGAGAGAGUUGUUUCGGCAAUAAAAAAAGCCAGAGACAAACUUCAAGUAUUAUAUUGUAUAAUAGAAAUAACAAUGUUAGAAGUGCCAAAAAUAACGGGUUACAAGCCUUUCGACUGCACAGACGUAGAGCAGCUGAAAAGGCGGGUUACGUAA